AUGCCAGAAAAUGCGACCAUUUCAGAUGAUGAAAAAGAUACUACUAAAGAAAUAUUUGAACAAAAAAUCUGGAACAACAGUAAAAGUAUCAAAGCUGGUGGAAUAUUGGAUGUAGAUUUUUCUGGUAUAGCAAACGUAGAUUUAUCUACUCCGUUGGGCGAAGACGAAAAAUUACCACAAAUAACUGUUUACGCUAGCCCUGAAGAAUCAAGGAUCAAAGAGGUUGAAAGAGUAAAAAAAUUAUUAGUAGAAAGACAAGCUAAAAUUUUAUCAGAAAAAUCGAGUAGUUCAAAGAAAUCAUCAAAAAUUGUGAAAUCUAAGACAAAACCUUCCACAAAAUCAACAAAUUCCAAAUCUCUUGAAAAAGCGGAAAAGGCUUCUAAAAAAACAUCAAAAAAAAAGGCGAAUAAAGAAUCAUCUGAAAAACCAAAGAAGAAGAAGAAGGAAGCCAUUACUACCACCACCACUACUAAAAAGAAAAAGAAAGAAACCCAUUCUGACAACCAAGAAUCUGAAAAGGUUUCCAAAUCUUCCAAAUUACCAAUUAAGACUUUAAUCGAUUCAGAGAAUUUUAAAAUUACUUAUACUUUAAGAUUAGCAGCUUCUAUAGAAAUCAAGAAUGAAGCACCUUUGUUAUAUGUAAAUUUUGUAAUAAUUAAUAAAUGUUCUAUGAAUAUUUCACAAAUGUCAUUUACGUUUGAAUCAACAUCAGAUAUCAAUUUUGAGAGCAAGGUGGUUGAAGUAGUAGAUACAUUGACUGUCAAUGGGGAAAAAGAAAUUUCAAUUCCAUUUAAAGUUUUAGGAAUUGUAGGAGUUGGUUUAGAAGUUACUGGAACAUUUAAUUAUACAAUACAGAUAACGAAUGAGAACUCGACGGUGACAAAUGAUAAAGAUAAUAUUAAUAUCAAUAAUUCAAUUCCCAUAAAGUUUGAAUUACCUGUGGCAACGUUUAUGUUAGAUAUUCCUAAAUUAUCACCGGAUGAAUUUAUAAGUUAUGUUUCUAAAACAUCAGAUUUCCCAUUUACCGGAUCAACAUCCUAUCAUCUAAGAAGUGCCAUUGAUCCAAACAAUGACAUCAACAAUAGUAUUAUUGAUAAACCAAUUGAAGAAAUUUUUCAUAAUUCAUUGGAAAAUUUGACAACGACUGCAACAGGUACAAAUAUAGUAGAACAAGUUACAGGUGCUAUAACAUUUUAUGGGAAAAGUGUUCAGGGAUAUCAAGUUGCUGGGUUGGCAAAAUUAAGCGUAGAAAAUUCAUCGUUAAUAGAUGAUGACGAUGAUGACGAUUCCAAUGAUCUUAUUAAAAAGGAAAUGGUAAAGAUUGAACUUAAAUGCACAGAUCAAGCAUUUUUGGACGGGCUGAUUAGAGAAAUUAAUAAUUUAUACAACGUUGAAAGCGAUAUUUAUAUUAAUAAUUAG